AUGCUUUUCACCGCCAACAACAUCGCAAUUCUCAUCGCAUUUUCAUCAUCCUUCGUUCAAGCUUUCCCAUUCAAAAGAAGCAAUAGUCUUAGUCUCCAGUUCUCAGGCGACGGUGAAUCGGGAACAACCAAGAAAGUUCCUGCGAACACUCCAACACCAUUUACAGCACCAUUCAUUCCGGACAUCACUUCAAUAACUAUCAUUGCUAACUUUGGUUUUUGUACCAUCUUUGGGAAAGAUGACAACAAAGUUCUCGGCACUAUAAGUCUUUCGGAGGCAGAUUUUAAAGCAGGAAAACUCGCCGCUCCAUUGAAAUUCGAGCACCCAGUUCAAGUUUCGAGUUAUUUCUGCUCGCCAGAUAAAACAACAACUCCAGUACCAGCACCAGCCGUUAAAAACACGCCGAUAACCCCUGCAUCUGUAUCGCCACCCGUCAUCGCAGCAGUCACGCCAGUUUCCACUCAGGAAAAUCCGUCAGCAUCUGAAGUUAUCACCGUCCAAGUUGGUAAUGAUUCCGAAGCACGCCAGUUCCCUAUUCCAGUUGAUGGGAUCCCCACCGAUAUAGUUGAAAUCGAGAAUACAACCGAAGUGAAAAUGAUCGAGGGGUCUGCUACUUGCGUAUUGUUGGAUCGAAAAGCUGUUACACUCGGGUCAGUCUCGGAAGAUGAGCCUUUUACAACCAACGAACCAGGAUUCAAGAUUACAACCAUCACAUGUGUGAGAGGCUGA